GCGCGAAAGACCACCAUGUUUCCAUGAUUCCGCGGGAAGGUGCCAAUUGCCAAAUUUCUCGAAUAAAACAAAUCGAAUUCGCACGAUGAGCAGUGUACCUAGAAUAAACGCUUCUAUGUUAUCAGAAAAUGUGGGGAAAAUGGUGUGUUUAGUUGGAAAAAUUGUACAGGUCAACCCAACUGGUGAUAAGUUGCAACUUUUGUCAUGUGAUCAACAAAAAGUCGAUAUCUCAUUGAGGGAAAAGUAUGAAGAAAGGCCAGGAGAAUGUAUUCAAAUAAUUGGCACAAUUAAACCAGACUUAAGCGUGGUAGCUGAGAAAUAUCUUAAUUUUGCUGGCACAGAUUUUGAUUAUGAAUUGUACAACAGUUUAAUCACUAACUUUUUGCCAAAGUUCCCUGACCUUUUUCAAAUACAAGAUUCAGUCUCAACAAACGAGGAAAUGGAUGAAUGGGAAUGAUGACUGGCACCAAGAACAUACCAAUUGUAAAUGAUUUAAAUAAUCUCUAAGACUGCUGUUAAAAC